AUGGGUGGCAAUGCGUUCAACCAACACGUCCCGGAUGCCGUCUUUCCACGGAUGUCACCAGCGACCUACAAGUCUCUCAAGGCGAUCCUCCUUCCCCGCAUGGAACAGCUCUACGAACAAGUGGCCGUACCACCCGAGGCCCCAGAGAAGACCGACCACGGGGACUUGGACUUCGUAGUAACGCAGCCGCGCACGGAAGGGACGCUGGAUCGCGUCAAGGACGCGCUCAAGGCUGUUUACAGUUUGCCACAGGAAGGUAGAGGCACAAGUAACUACGCGAUACCCGCCGAUGCCUUCGAUCUCGACAUGGGCGAAGGCCAGGAGGGUACGUCCUCUAAUGGACUGCAGAACACGCAUUUCCAGGUGGAUGUGAACGUCUGCGCCGACCGAGAAGACUGGGAGCGCACUGUCUUCUUGCACUCGUACGGUGAUACGGGCAUGAUUCUGGGUGUCAUUGGAAGAGGCGCGGGAUUGUCGUUCGGUAUAGGCGGUCUGAAGCUUGCCAAUGCGCUUCCUACUAGUCCCCCGAUAUCACUGCAUCUAUCCUCAUCUCUUCUGCGCAUCCUCGAGUUCUACGGGCUCUCGAGGGAUCGGCUGGAUGCAGGCUUCACUACACAACGUGAGGUGUUCGAGUGGACAGCCACCUCCCGUCUAUUCAACGCGCGCAAAGUCGCGCCCUCCGAGCAGUCCCACCUGCGGGGCAAGAAACGGCGCGGGCCACGCACGAUGUACCAGAACUUCGUGGAGUUCGCGCGGGAGCGCGCAGACGACCCGGCGUACGAGCCGCCGCACGAGACGAUCACGCAGGACGAUGUGCUCCGCUUCUUUGGGAAAGACGCGGAGCACGCCGCCCUCCUUCGCGCGUCUCGGAUCAAGCAGAACGCCAGGGAGGCGUUCUCGGGCAGGGUGAUCGAGCAGUGGAUUGGGAUGAGGGGCUUGCCGGUCAAGUGGGUCAUGGACGCUGCGAGGGAGCGGCUGAACGAGAGAUACGCGCGAGAGCACCCGGGCGAGGCUAUAUUGCUCUCUGUCACACCUUGGGAGGUGGCGCUCUUCGAGAUGUCCACCGAGGAACUGCAGAAGUGUGUGGUUGACGUCAAGACCGAGAUGGAGGAGUCGGGGACCUUCGAAUUGAACUGGCAACGGGAGGAUGCGAGGAAAGCAGAGAAAUUGAACCUCAAGACAGAACAGUAA